UAAAGGGAGCUAUAAAGGGGGAAGCAGCUGGCAGGACACCAGACCAAGCUGACCACAGCUCCCAAAAGGUUGUGGCCCAGGUUUGAAGAAAAGCACUCCUAAGGAAUCGGUAUGGAGCCCGAGGAGUACAGACAGAGAGGGAAAGAGAUGGUGGAUUAUAUUUGCCAGUACCUGAGCAAUGUGAGAGAGAGACGGGUGACUCCUGAUGUACAGCCAGGUUACAUGAGAGCCCAGCUGCCAGACUCUGCCCCAAUGGACCCAGACAGCUGGGACAGCAUCUUUGGAGAUAUAGAGAAGAUUAUUAUGCCAGGGGUAGUCCAUUGGCAAAGUCCACACAUGCAUGCCUACUUUCCAGCUCUAACUUCCUGGCCUUCACUCCUUGGAGAUAUGUUGGCUGACGCAAUUAACUGCUUGGGAUUCACAUGGGCCUCCAGCCCAGCCUGUACAGAACUGGAAAUGAAUGUGAUGGAUUGGUUGGCUAAAAUGCUGGGCCUUCCAGAUAAGUUCCUGCACCACCAUCCCAACAGUGUGGGUGGAGGAGUAUUACAGAGCACCGUGAGUGAAUCAACCUUGGUUGCACUGCUGGCAGCAAGGAAGAACAAAAUUCUGGAGAUGAAGGUUUCUGAGCCAGACACUGAUGAGUCCUUGCUCAAUUCUCGCCUCGUUGCUUAUGCAUCUGAUCAAGCACAUUCCUCUGUAGAAAAGGCUGGCUUGAUUUCUCUUGUGAAGAUAAAAUUUCUGCCUGUGGAUGAGAACUUUUCCCUCAGAGGUGAAACUUUGAAGAAAGCCAUUGCAGAAGACAGAAAGAAAGGCUUGGUGCCAGUCUUUGUUUGUGCAACUUUGGGUACAACUGGUGUCUGUGCUUUUGACAAUCUCUCAGAACUGGGUCCAGUCUGUGAUGCUGAGGGACUCUGGCUUCAUAUUGAUGCUGCAUAUGCAGGAACAGCAUUUGUAUGUCCUGAAUUUCGAUAUUUUUUGGAUGGAAUUGAAUAUGCAGAUUCCUUUACAUUUAAUCCUUCUAAAUGGAUGAUGGUCCACUUUGACUGCACUGGAUUUUGGGUUAAAGAUAAAUACAAGUUACAUCAAACCUUCAGCGUUAACCCUGUCUACCUCAGACAUUCCAAUUCAGGAGCUGCAAUUGACUUCAUGCACUGGCAAAUUCCACUGAGUCGUCGAUUUCGUUCUUUGAAGCUGUGGUUUGUGCUUCGCUCAUUUGGGGUGAAAAAGCUUCAAGCUCAUGUCCGACAGGGUACUGAAACAGCCAAAUUCUUUGAAUCCUUGGUUAAAAGUGACCCACUCUUUGAAAUUCCUGCCAAGAGACAUCUUGGACUGGUUGUAUUUCGCCUGAAGGGUCCCAAUUGGCUGACAGAAAAACUCCUGAAAGAGCUAAGCAGUUCUGGCAGGCUCUUCCUCAUUCCAGCAACCAUCCAUGACAAGUUCAUCAUUCGCUUUACUGUGACAUCUCAGUUCACAACCAGGGAAGAUAUUCUGCAGGACUGGAACAUCAUUCAACACACUGCAGCCCAAAUCAUUAGCCAGAAUUAUGAGUCACACUACAUCAAUUCUGGUGAUGGGGCUUCUUCUGAUGCCAUUAGUAAUGCUCCUCAGCUUUAUUUAGAUGGAGGGAAGUACAAAAUACCUUCCAGAAAAACAGUAGUUCAGCCUAAGACAUUAUCAGUAAGUCCCAGUACAUGUGUGAUUAGUCAGCAGGUAAAAGGUCAAGAGGAUCCUCUGGAUGACUGUUUUCCAGAAGAUGUCCAAGAUGUUACCAAACAUAAGUUAACCUCUUUUUUAUUCAGUUAUUUAUCUGUUCAAGGCAAGAAAAAGACAGCACGUUCCCUUAGCUGCACCAGUGUGCCAAUGACUGGUAAUCUGGAGCAAUGCAACCCCAAAGCAGCAGCCACUGACAAGAAGGAGUCUUGUGCAAAUGCCAGAGUUCUUUCCAGGCUGCCUGAAGACAUGAUGAUGUUCAAGAAAGGUGCCUUCAAAAAACUAAUUAAAUUCUACAGUGUCCCAAGCUUUCCAGAGUGUAGCAUUCAGUGUGGCCUUCAGCUGCCUUGCUGUCCUCUGCAAGCCAUUGUUUAACAAGUAAGAGAGCUUGGUCCUUAGGAAGAGAAACAAAGUUUGCCUAUUCACAUGCAAUACUACAUGUUCUUUUGUUCAAAAUGUAAGCUGUGGCAAUGACCACUGAAAAAAUGCCUGUGCUUUUACUGGUGAAAACCUCAUGUAUUUAUAGGUUAAAAUGUCAAAUAAAUCUUGUAGGCCUAUAACAUGAAACUCUGUUUUGUAGACUGUGGUAAAGAAAAUGCUGAUUUCUUCCUUACCAGUCCUGGUAAUGGACAGUUUCCAGCUGGUAGGCUGGAACCACUUUGACAAAGUAUGCUGGUCCCAGGACGGGAUGAACAAUUUAAGUCUCUAUUUACACCACUAGUUGGUUUGUUUUUUGUUUUUUAAUACCUUGACUUGAACUCUCUAGACUGAUGUGAGGAUCUGUGUGUGCAGACAAUGCCAACAUCAGUUUUGAACUGUGCAAAGAGAAGGAUGUAACUUCUCUAAGAGAUUUUGCUGCAGUAGGGCAAUUUUCCCAGAGUUAAACACAGCAGCCCUGCCAGUCCAUCUGUUCUAAUCAGCUAAGGGAGGCUUUGUGCAGCCAUGUUGCAAAACAGUUGCCCUUGCAAAGCACCUGUGGCCUUUCUCAGCGUUACCUAAGGUCUGUACAUCACAAAUGCAUGAGAAAAAAGAGGAGGAAUGAUAUCUCCCUCUCUCUCACAACAGAGAACUAAAGGGGCAUUAUGGAAGGCAGGGUCUCUAUACAGCAAACAAAUGUUUUGCUGCAAGAGACCAGUGAUUUAUGUAUAUAAGAAACUGGGCGGGAGAGAAAAAUCUAUUAAGGACAAAUUUCAAUUUAGGGAUACUACAGUUGAGUCAGGAAGCAUGGUGAUUGCUAGGACUUUAUUCUGGGAAAGCACUGCUUGAUGCUCGCUGCUUUCCUUGCAGUUGUUUCCAGACACCUACAGUCACCCUGUCUGAAGGCAGAGCACUCAGAUGGAUCUUCCCUCUGAUCCAGAACACCAAUUCCUGGGUUAUAUCAACAAUGAGCCUAGUUCAUAUCUAGACCCUUAUACAACAUCAGCUAAGCUCAUCAGCUAAGAUGCAGGUAGAGUUGGAGUAGUUCUGUUUCAUUAAGACAAUCUCAUAUUCACACUUUAUUUCUGCUAAAAAAUCGAUAACCACGUUUCAUAUCACUUUUAAUAGUGCUAUUAAAUCUUUCUGUUUACACAAUAAAGCAAUAAACACACA